AUCUUGCUGGUGUAGGCGUGGCCCUUCCUAUCACCAUAUUUGGAGUGCUGUCACUCAUCGCUGCCAUGACAACGUACUGGAUCCCCGAGACAAUCUACUCGAAUAUGCACCAGACCAUAGAAGAAGCCGAGGACGCUAAAGAUUAUUACGGGAUGCCGUGCUGUCGCCAUGGAGACGACGAGCAAAGUGAGAUUCCCGGAUGUUACCGGAAAUAGGAGCUGAUUUCCAUAACAAGAACAGAAUUUGACAAACUUUGACAUCAUGCCAGUUUUCAAUGUUGGUUGCUUUUGCACGGGGCUUAUAGAUAACUAGCAUCAGAACUCAUUCUUUGAAAGACCUGCUUAAUCUGACACACAUCACACAACUAAGAACACCAUAUAAUUUUAUCUAUAAAUAUCCUAUACUUAACGAUAAUAAGCACGUUCUGUCUACGAUCCUGAAAAUGAAAACUCUAAGACCAGAAUGAAUAAAUACAAAAAGCCCAAUUAGUCGUGUUCGUGAACCAGAAGAAUGAAUACAAUACACCAAAGCUUCGAAUUCUACUCUGCCAAAUUUUCGUCUUUUAUAAGACUUCUUCAGGGCAGACCAGAAUGGAUACAAUUCAUUCGAUAUAUUGCCUUUCUUGGUAUCCCAACAAGCGUACUCCCACGAGGGCAUGGUAGGUGAAACUCUCGAGGUCUCUUAUAACAAAAGAGAUAACUGUUAAUAAAUAUAUGAAUGAUUCACCAUUCCUUUAUCACUCAAGCAUAUUUGCCGCGAGCAAUAAGUGCCCCUAUUUGCAUCAACUGCUCUUUGAAGUGAAACACUGCACAAUGAAGCAAAUCAUUUUUGAGAAUAUCGGAUUCCGUGGUGGGAAACAUUUAAUGGCUUUCAAACAUAAACAAAAAGUUUUGUUCCCUCAGCUAAGCCCAACAGAAUGGAAGGGCCAGCAUGAACUUUUCACAUCCAAUGACGAUCGACCAGAUAACCACUGUUGCAGCAACUCUUAUUGCUUGUUUCUACCCAAGCGUUAUUGUAUUGCGUUUCUUACGAUGCUCGCCUUUCUAUUGUCUUAUGGAGUCCGAGCAGGGAUAAGCAUAGCAGUUGUGGCGAUGGUGUCUUCUCGUGAAACGACCAUCAAUGGAACAAUCACUGUGAAAGAUCCUGAAUUCCGAUGGUCAACAAAAACACAAGGGGUUAUUCUUGGCUCCUUUUGGGGGGGCUACAUGCUGACCCAAGUACCUGGCGGAAUGCUGGCUCAAAGAUUCGGUGGUCGAGUUGUCCUGGGCUCGUGUAUGCUGUUUUCAUCAAUAUUUGUGUUCCUUUCUCCUGUGGCGGCGCGAACACACGUUGCACUCCUUGUGGCAGCCAGCGCAGCAGUGGGCUCAUGUAAGGGGGUUAUGGUACCUGCCCUAUACGACUUUUGGAACAGAUUUGCGCCUUAUGGGGAGAAAUCUACUUAUGUGACCUUUUCCUUGUCCGGCGUUUACAUCGGUUUGGCUAUAUUUCCACCCGUACUGGCACAGUUCGAAUCCUCCUUUGACUGGCCGUCAAUUUUCUAUUGUUCUGGCGCAGUAACUGCUUUAUGGGCGUUUGUUUGGUUUAUUGUGGUACAGCAUUCUCCCGUCGAUGAUUCUCCAAUAAGCAACGAUGAAUACGAGUUGCCGAGUUCGUAUGAGCAAGAUAGGAAAGCUACUGACAUGGAUGUACCAACGCCUUGGAGGAAGAUUCUGACGUCUUUACCGGUGUGGAGCGUUGUCAUUGGCUGGGGCACUAGCGGUUGGAUGUUGUUCACAUUCCUCACAGAAUUGCCCUCUUAUCUCAAGUUCGGUCUUGGAUAUGGUAUAAAACUGACCGGUGUUUUGUACGGAGUCUCGUUUUUGGCAGUGGCCAUAAUGCUACCCAUAAUGACAAGAUUAGCAGAUUUCAUGAAUACCAAGGAAGUCAUGUCAAUGACAAACAUCCGUAAACUAUUCACAUGUGGCGGCUGUUUUCUUCAGUGUAUUUGCCUCAUCACAGUGGCUUAUACACCCUAUAAGGUGGUGCCUAUCGUCAUUGGUUUAGGUUCCAUAGCCACUAUGUAUGUUGGUGCGGGCGUCAACCCGUUCGAUAUCGCACCCCGGUACUCUGGUAUCAUAAUGGGAAUGGCCAAUACUCUUAAGACGUUCAAUGGAAUUAUGGGACCACUAGUUGUUGGACUAAUCGUAAAAUCUGAGAGUAUCCACGAAUGGAGCAUCGUGUUUCUUCUAAUCGCUGCUAUUGUGUUCUGCGGAGCAGUGUUUUACGCAAUCAAUGCGUCGGGCGAGCUGCAGCCGUGGGCGGCAACGCCUGACAUCUCUCUACUCUCAAAGGAAGUAGAGCCACCAAAGAAAGAGACUACGUCGUGACCUCUUUUCUUAAAUUCUUUCUUUGCCAAAAAAGUUUUUUGUUUCAUUAACGCAGAAGAUACUGUCACGGAGGGAAAUAACGUAAUAAAGGAUAACGCUAUCUUUGAUAACAAGACAUUAUACUUAAAUUUGCCGCCGACCUUCCUGAGGUUAUAAACAUUUAAAGGCAUGUUUUGUUUAAUUUACCCUAUACAGACUGGGAUUUUUUUUAGCUGUCUGUGACUGGGGGGGGGGGGGGGGGGGGGUGUCAGAAUCAAUCUUUCAACAGUUUUACAAUGCUAAAAGGCCAUAAAAACGUUUAUAAUCAAUUUUGGGUAAGAAUUUCCGCCAUCUUGGAUUCUUAUUUUUUUAAACAAAAAAAUCUGGAAUUAAUACAGCAUGCAUGUAUUACUGCUCAUAGUGAUGAUAAAUGCAUAAUAUUAGCUUUCAAAGUGUCGUCUAGUAAAUCUAGUGAAAUUUACUAACAGCUUUGAGAGAGCAAAAUUUACCCACCCCUCCCCCCAAAUAUGCGGUAAAAAAAUUCUAGCGCUGUUGUGAAACUUGUCUCCCAAACAAUCUGAUAAAGUCAAAACAGGCAUUUAAAUCUGAAAACAGGACCAAAAUAUGAAAAAUUUACUACUUUUCAGUAUUUGGGAAACUUGUGUGAAAAACGGUUGCCAUGGUAACAAGGCUAUCAGUGUUGGACUACCUAAGGGGUGUCGCCAUUGGAGCAUAAGCCCCUUUUUAGAUGUAAGCAGAGCUUGUAACAACGACCAUUAAAGCCCGGUACCGUCUCA